AUGAGCACAGCAAAAAAAGGCUCCCAGAAGCAAUCGAAGCAGCCUGCACCUCCAGCAGCCUCAUAUGACGUCCGGGACAUCGUCCUUGGCAAAGUGCGCGGGUUCCCGUCAUGGCCUGGCAUGAUUGUAGACCCCGCUGGAGUCCCUAAAGGCGUCUUGAAAGAGAAACCACAGGGAAAGAAGACGACGAGUCAUUGCGUCCGUUUCUUUCCAAGGGGAGACUAUGCGUGGCUUGCGUCGAAGGACAUAUCGAAGCUUCAAGUGCACGAAAUCCAAUCCUACCUCAACGCACCUCACAAAAAGAACGGAGAACUUCUAGAGGGUUUCAAGAUUGCCCUCGAUCCGAAGGAGUGGGAGGAGAACAUCGAGGAGCGCAUAGCCGCGCUCGAUGAAGCCGAAGCCAACGCCGAUGUCGACCAACUAGACGAUAGCGACGGGGAGGGUGGUGAAGGAGGCCAGAAAAAGUCUAAAAAGCGCAAACGAGAGUCGGAUGCGGCUAGUGCGUCGAAAACCAAGACUCCGAAGAAACCUAGGGCGUCGACGGCGAAGAAGGGCUCGGAAGAGCCUGCGUCUACCAAAGCUACAGCGAGGAAGACUCCUGCGAAGGGACGGAAGAGUGGCGCAAAGAGCAAGGCGAUGGUAGAGUCGGAAGACGACGGCGAAGGCCGUGAGGAAGACGAAGAAGGCGACAGUGGCCCAAGCAAUCCUGUCACUUCGCCACCUCCAGCCAAAAAGACUAAGCGUAACGAGAAAGAGGAAGAGGAUCUUGAGGCUGAUCUGGCCAAAGACCCCGAAGCUGUUAAAGUACGAGAAUGGCGCCACAAACUCCAAAAGACGUUCCUAAGUCCAAAGGCGAUGCCUAAGGAGGAUGAAAUGCCUGCCAUCGACUCCCUUUUCACCACCAUCGAGACGUACAACAAGAUGACCAUCCAGUACCUCCAAUUUUCCAAGAUCGGCAAAGUCAUGCGCCAUAUCGCGGCUCUUGAUGAGGGAAAAGUGCCUCGGGACGCCGAAUUCAAGUUCCGAAACCGCGCGAAGGACCUCGUCGAGACAUGGCAUCAUAUUCUGAACCGAACGACGACCAACGGCAGUGGCAACACGAACGGGACGUCGGUCAAUGGACUAUCGGCAGCAAUAACUGGGGCGGGCGACGCUAACGGGCAUAGCGCUGAGAUGGCGCAGUCGGAUACUGUGGCGUUGACAAGCGUAGUGACAGACAAGACAGCGGCCAUGGAUUUGGACGGCAAGGCUGAGGCAACAGGUUCGCAGUAUCGACUUUAUCAGGAGGUCCAUGUCUGA